AUGGCAUCAAGAAAGACUUAUAACCAAUUUGUGCUGAUGAUUUGCUUUGUUUUGCUGGGUCAAUGUGGUAGGAUACAUAACACAGAAGGAGGAGAGGAUUUGGUGACAGCAACCUGCAAACACACCCUUCAUUUUCAAGUAUGCAUUUCUUCCUUGAAAUCAGUUCCUGGUAGCAAGAAAUCAAAUCCCAAAAUUCUAGCUUAUAUUGCAUUAAAUCUUAGCACAACAUAUGCUGCGGAGACUUUGUCCUAUAUUCAUGAGCUAAAGUCUUCUUUUACUGCCAAUGGCCCCAACAACAACAUUUACGUGUCCCGUUGCUUAAGUGAUUGUGCUGAGGAAUACUCAGAAGCCAUAGAGAAUUUGCGGGACUCAGCUCAAGCACUUCCUAAUAGAGAAUUUGACAAAGUGGAUACAUUAGUUUGUGCUGCUAUGUCAGAUGCUGAGACAUGA